AUUUUUUAUAUAUGUUCUGCUGUUUGUGUUCAGUAAUUUUUAUAUAUUUAAUAUUAAUAGAAAUAGUGACGAGAGAUAGUAAUUGAAAUAAUGUCCGGUGAGAUGCGAAGCAGCUGUUUUGUAUUUCUCGUAACAUAAUAUAUUUAUAAUUAACUUCUUGAAAAUAUGUCAAAUUGGUCUAGUGGUUUAAUUAAUACAUUAAAAGAUCCCUCAAAACAUAUAAUAGCAAGUAAUUUGGCGGUAGUUAUUAAAGACUUAUAUCCCAAGGCCAAACAUCAUUAUCUGGUAUUGCCUUUAGCGGACUUACCUACAAUAUUCCAAUUAAAUGCAGACCAUUUAUCUUUAAUGGAAGAGUUAUAUUUAUUAGCUUUGAAUAUCAUCGAAGUAAAACAAGAGGAUUUGAAUAAUUUUCAAAUUGGUUUUCAUAAUCAACCGAGUAUGCAACGUUUACAUAUGCAUGUUAUAUCAAGAGAUUUCGUUUCCGAUUGCUUAAAAACUAAAAAACAUUGGAAUAGUUUUAAUACUAGACUCUUCCUAUCCUAUGAAGAAGUCUGUCAGCAACUCAAGAUAAAUGGAAAGGUUAAACCUUUAACCAAAGUUGAGCUACAAGCAUUAACUAAAGAAGACUUAAAAUGCAACCAGUGUUCUUUUAGACCUAAGAACAUGCCAUUAUUGAAACAACAUCUGAAUAGUCACUUGAAAUAAAAGAGAUAAUAG